GUCCCCCGCGCGGCCCCGCCCCGGCCGCCAUGUUGCGGGAGCGGCGGCGGGAGCGGCGGCAGCGGGAGCGGCGGCCGGGGCGUACGGAGCAUGCACGGCGCGAAGCAGCGUCCCGCGGACGCGCACCCUGGCCAGUGGGUGCUGAUUGCACCAGAGGCUGCUACUGACCACCUCGAGACACCCGACAGCGAACCUUUGUUCACAAAACUGCGCAAUCCAAGCACAGGGGAAGCAACCCUUUACUUAUUCAAUAGUGGCGCACAACAGCUGUUUGAAGUAAAAGCUUUUCAUGAGGAAUAUCGUUCCUGGUUUAUAGGUCAGACUGUUCAACAAGAUGGGCGCCUGCUGUUUGUUACACCAAUGGACCCCUUAUUUAUGGUACUUUACUACCUCAUAAAGGCAGACAAGGAGCAUCAAGGAAAGUUCCAGCCACUCGAUCAAGUUGUGCUAGACUCAGAGUACCCUAGCUGCCCAUUGCUCCUGAAGUGUGCAGAUGUUGAACUGUACAUACAUCAUGUAACAGAAGAAAAAGAGAUUGGCAGUCAGAAAUUCCACAAAUACAGCGAAGAGAAGACACUGAAGUGGUUAAAGAAAAAGGUCAGUCAAACAGUGAAAGCACUUAAAAGCAACAAUAUAUGUGUAAGUGAAGGGGUAUACGCAGCUACAUUUAUCAGCGGUAAACACAUCACAGAUACUGAGGAAGACUAUGUACGGUAUGCCCAUGGGUUAAUAUCAGAAUAUAUUCCUGAAGAUCUGAGUAAGAAGUUGUUAAAAUACUUAGGGCUCCCAGAACUUAAAAGCCAAGUACCAGAGCCACCAUUGAAGAUGCCUGUGCAAAGACGUGCAAAGAAGAGAUGAAGGGAGCAUAAGGAGACUCACUAAUACUAUUUUAAUUUGUCAUAAUCUCAAAGCAGCUUUUAAAGGCUUUUUUUACGCACUUUCUGAAAAUAAAUGCUUGAAGUUAGACAUGUCCUGUUCCAAGAAAAAGCAAAUCUCAGCAGAUUAACAUUGUUAAAUACGCGGUGUGUUAAAUAUACACUUCUUCAAAUUUUAUAGCUUAUACGCUAUUGGUCUAUCGGGCCCUUCCAGGAAAGCACUUACGAGCACGCCUAAUGUUAAGCACAUGAGCAGUGAUCUUAAAGUCAGCAGUGUUGUUCGUGUGGGUAAGUGCUUUGCUGGAUCAGCGCCUAAAGUCCUGUUAGGUGCUGAGCAUCCUGAUCCAUAUCCAGCAAAGCACUUACAUCCAUGCUUAUCUUGAAGUGGAAGAGCCAGUCUAACUAAUAUUUGUGCAUUAGUGUCCACCAUAAAAUCUCUCUUGGCACAAUGACUCACAUGCUUAAAAUUAAGCACCUGCCUAAGUAUUUUGCAAGGUCAGACCAACAGCAUCCUUGAGCCAGUCUUAAAUAAUGACUUGAUUUUGUAUGAAUUUUCUCUUUUUGUACUCAUUUUUUAACAGAAUAUAUGAUUUUAGUGGCCAUAAUUACAAGUUUUAGAAGCUGCAUAGCAAAAUAUGUUGUAUGUAAUUUUCUCCUUCCUUUUUCAAAAUCCAGCCAAAUUCAACAAGAUGGCCUUUUUGGACUAGAAGCCCAAUGUUCAGACAGAAUCAUCCAAACUGAGAAAAAGUUAACUCUGUUUUUUAGGACGUUUAUAUUUUUUAAAAAUUAUUGCACUGAGUUUGAUUUAAAUGGUUUCAUCCAACCCUGACCUUUUAUCCAAAAGAUGUCGCCUACCUCUUGUUGUGCGGACAGUCUGACUCCUGAAGUGCUAAAGCUUGAGGUAGGACAUGUGUUCAGUGGGGCUGAUGGGGAAGUUGUGUUUUGAUUUCACUUCUUUUUUUCUAAGGGAUUGAAACCUUGGAAACAUGUAUAAAAUAACGUGUACAUCUUGUGUUGAGAAGUAAACCAUAAUGUAUGUAAUCCUCCAGGUUAAAAAAAGAAAGACCUAAUUAUUUAUGAUUUUUUUAAUCAUGUGAGAGACGCUUUCUGUGGAGUGAACGUUAACCAAAAUGUCAACUUGAGUCUACAUAAAACAUGCAGAAAAAGGAUGCUAAUCCUUAAGUGAUUAAGGGUUAAUCCUUACGCGAUCCUUAUGUGAUCUGUGUCAGAUGCAGCCCAAUGUUUUUAACUUAAAUACCUGUUUAUCAAACUACCAUUAAUAUCUAGCUCUUUGCUACAAAACUUUUUAAAAGUAAUAAUUGACAGGAUUUUGAACAUAAUGAACGUGCACUUCUGUAAAUUUUAACCGUGACCCCCAUUCACAGACACCGGCAGCAAAUGGCCAAAAUGUUCUGUAACGCUUGAAUAUAUUUGAAGCAUUCUAGGUAACAAGUGAAAAAGUAUUUUGCUUCCACUCUGACAAAUUGUGCCUAACUUUAAGCCAAACGAUAUCUCCAAGAAGAGUUUAGCAGGACAUUGCUAAAAACGAAAUUCCAAGACAAAGAGGCAAAAGCUCAUUCAACUUCCUUUUCAACUGAUUCUCAUCAACUCUGUCUCAGAAUCUGAAAAACCUCAACUGUUGACCAUUUAGGAACCGUGUAUGAAAGGAAAUGCAGUCUGAAUGCUUCUUUGAAAAUUUUGCACUGAAUUCUUGCCUGGUUAAGCAAUGUGCACUGUCCCUUCUCAAGGGAAAAAUAUUUUUUUAACAUAGUUUUCUAGGGAGUACUACAAGAAUAUUGUAUGGGCCCAAGGUGAAAUAUCUAUUUUUCUAGCUUAUACUAAAGAAAAAUGUUUGAUGUAUGAAUCAGACUAUGUAUUUCAGUAAAGUGUUGUUCCAUUUUUUGGUAAGAUUUUAUUUUUAUUUCAUGUACAAGAAAAAUAAAUACCUUUGGAAUAA